CACAGAGAGCCAGCUGCUCCCUGGGAACAACUUCACUGACGAGUGUGACGUCCCGGGCAGCUUCAUGUGUGGCAAUGGGCGGUGCAUCCCGGGCACCUGGCAGUGUGACGGGCUGCCCGACUGCUUCGACAAGAGUGACGAGAAGGAGUGCCCCAAGACGAAGUCGAAGUGCGGCCCGACCUUCUUCCCCUGUGCCAGCGGCAUCCAUUGCAUCAUUGGCCGCUUCCGGUGUAACGGCUUCGAGGACUGUCCCGAUGGCAGCGACGAAGAGAACUGCACAGCAAACCCUCUGCUCUGCUCCACUGCCCGCUACCACUGCAAGAACGGCCUCUGCAUCGACAAGAGCUUCAUCUGCGAUGGGCAGAAUAACUGCCAGGACAACAGCGAUGAGGAGACAUGUGAGAGUUCCCAAGAACCAGGCAGCGGGCAGGUGUUCGUGACCUCGGGGAGCCAGCUGGCAUACUACCCUAGCAUCACCUAUGCCAUCAUCGGCAGCUCUGUCAUCUUCGUGCUGGUGGUGGCCCUGCUGGCACUGGUCUUGCACCACCAGCGAAAGCGGAACAACCUCAUGACUCUGCCUGUGCACCGGCUGCAGCACCCUGUGCUGCUGUCCCGCCUGGUGGUCCUGGACCAUCCCCACCACUGCAACGUCACCUACAAUGUCAACAAUGGCAUCCAGUAUGUAGCCAGCCAGGCUGAGCAGAAUGCGUCGGAAGUGGGCUCCCCACCCUCCUACUCAGAGGCACUGCUGGACCAGAGACCAGCAUGGUACGACCUUCCUCCACCACCCUACUCUUCUGACACAGAGUCUCUGAACCAAGCCGACCUGCCCCCCUACCGCUCCCGGUCGGACAGUGCGGACAGCGCCAGCUCCCAGGCAGCCAGCAGCCUCCUGAGUGUCGAAGACACCAGCCAGAGCCCAGGGCAUCCUGGCCCUCCAGAGGGCACUGCAGAUCCCAGGGACUCUGUUCUGAGCCAGGGCACUGAAGAAGUAUAGAUUCCAGUUAUUCCAAAGUCCAUGUGGGUUGGUCUGCUCUGACUUGUAACCAUUCUAACAACUUGUGCUCACGGGAAGCUCUUCAAGCACCUGUAAGUGUAUCUCGACUUGCAGUUUGGGGUGCCAGCUAUUUCCCCAUUCCCCUCCUCCCCAGUUUCAGGGAUGUUUUUUCUGGCCUCUCUGCUGACAUGGUCUGUUGUGUACC